CCAUUAAUGCCUUGUUUUGAAGUGUCCUACAAAGUACGCGACUACUUUACUUUAUAGGAAACGCAAUUGAUGUUUAACGACGUUUAAAUAGGCGGGAUUCUUGUGUCUGAAAGGAGAGACACUGUUCAUUGCUUUGACAUCACACCGCUUGAGUAACAUGACCAUCAAACCAGUCGCAUCCAAACCGCCCUGCAAUUAGUCAGUCCCCACGAACUGACCAGGCCACUUCAUCAGAGACAGAGGAGAUGAUGUGGUGGUUCCAGCAAGGUCUCAGCUUCUUGCCGGCUCUUCUGGUUGUCUGGACAACAGCGUCGUUCAUCUUCGCCUAUGUCACAGCGGUGCUUCUGAGACAUGUGGACCCUCUGGUCCCAUACAUCAGCGACACAGGAACGAUGGCGCCAGAGAGAUGUGUGUUUGGCAUCAUGCUGGAUGUGUCAGCCUUUUUAGGCAUGGCAACCGUGUACGUGCGCUACAAACAAGUGGAGGCACUGACGGACAACAGCGAGCUACGCCUCCACAGACUGAACCGCUUCGGUCUGCUGCUGGGUGUCUUGAGCUCUUUGGGGAUGUGCGUGGUGGCCAACUUCCAGAAAACCACGCUGUUCUCGGUCCACCUCCUGGGGGCAGUGCUGACCUUCGGUGUGGGAGCGCUUUACAUCCUGGUGCAGACGCUGUUGUCUCACUACAUGCAGCCUCAUGUGCACAGCAGGAGCGUGUUCGUGGUGCGCUUUGCCAUCGGGCUGUGGACUCUCAGCAGCAUCAUCAGCAUGUUUGUGUCAUCUGUCAUCAUGUACAGCAGCCUGCCUGGGGUAGAUGUCGCUCACAAACUGCACUGGACGCCUGGUGAGACGGGUUACACAGCUCACAUCAUCAGUACCGUAUGCGAGUGGUCACUGGCCUUCUCCUUCAUCAGUUUCUUCCUCACCUACAUACAAGACUUUCAGAAAAUUAAUUUGCGGGCUGAGGCAGACGUGCAGAGCUCCCACCUGUACAACUGGCCGCACCAAAACUUUGCUGCGGCUCUUCAUGACAAAUCCGAAGUCUCAGAGUCGUCGCCGCUGCUGCUAUCAGGAGCAACAUGACCCUUAAAGUACUCUACUUCUGCUAUACAAAACACUUUUCACGUUUUGAACACAUUCUUAGCAAGUAGUGAAAGUUAUUCUCAUUCUUUCACUUCCAUCCUGAUCUUUUGGAAUCUUUUCUUUGGAUCUUUUUGUUUUUUUGGGCUUCCAUUCUGUUUCACACAAAGUUUGCGUCUUCUUUUAUUGCAGUAAAAACAAACGGAGGUCGCGUAGAGCUUAUUAAGAGUUGCACUUUAUCUGCUUUACACAUAUAAGAUAACUUUAUUAUGGAGACAUGCCACUGAUUAAGUCCUUUAGACAAAAAAAGCGAUCCUAACAAGCUAACAUAACACCUGUCAAUCUGGACAUUGCUCCAUUUUAAUUUUCCUCUUCAAUUCACUUGAGUGAUUUUUCUCUUAGGCACUACCAGCUAUUCAACUUUGCUCUUUUCUGGGGGCGAUAAAAGUACAUAAGGGUUUUUAAAAGGCUCAUUCAUAUUUGUGAUUUAUUCACUUCAUACAGGUUUUUGGUCCCAUGAGUUGUCUGCAUUGAUGAUCACAAAGUAUAAUGACAUUUCAAGAUUUUGUUCAAAGAAACAGCUUAAACAUACUGUGUGCCACAUACAUCCAAUAAUACCAAUAAAUAAUAGGGAAACAAGAGAAGCAGCUUUGUCUUUUGUGCAAAAUUUAAAGGAAAGAUGAAAGUGGACCUAUUGUCUUCAUAAAUGUUCAGUUAUUUUUAAAAAAUGUUUACUUAUGGCACACUGAGCUUGUUCUGCCUUUUCUCAACCUUGGCACGCUUAAAAUCAGCAGACCAAAGUCAUGUUUGCGCAGCAGUCUCCAGUUCUCUGAGGGUUUAUAAGGCAUCAGUGGGCGGAGCCUCUUCAGACACACACCGCCAAGCUUCAGCAGGAAGUCAAGACAUUCACCGUCAAACCUUGAGCGUUAAAAUGCUGACCCGUCGCACACGAUGUUCUGGCCUCGGCCGGGGAAUAGCUCCAUCUGCCAGUACCGAGGAUCAGCGUACACUGCAUAGGUCAAGGUCAGAUGUUGGGACUUUCACUGUAAAGAUUUAUUUUCCAUGCUGACAUAAGUGUUUUUGAUGAAAGAAAAGGCAUUACCUAUGUCUCCGGGAUUGAGCCAUAGGUUGAAGGAGCUGCAGUAUUUCUGACAGCGUUGAACAGGAACAACUCGAACCGUCGGCAGCCCCUCACCCACCACCAGCCAGCCCAAGACCCCCACACCCUGAGACUCAAACAGCAGCAGUAAAUACACAUUCAGAGCAGGAAGACUUUAUGCAAUGCACCAACUAUGUAGUUUUGGACUGACUUUGCUCUGGGAGUUGGUGCUGUGGGUGACCAGGCAGCGCUGCAAGAUGGUCCCGGCACUGUCCAGCAGGGGGCAGAGCUCUGCCUUGGGAAAGAGCCACCUUAGCACCUUCUCUCUGGUCGCAGAACGAAACCUCCUACAGAGACGCAGCAGAGUGAG